GUGGGAUAAUUCUGUUUGGUGUUGAAUUAUAAUCCAAGCUAAAGGCCCAAACUCUUCCCUGUUUGAGUAACUUUACAUGCAUGAGUAGUCCUGCUGCUUUCUCAAGUUGGAAGUGGGUCAGAUUUAUUGACUGAGCCCUCAGACCGCAUGCUGUAAAAAUUAAACCGGAAAAGACAAACCCAUGCUCCAAGGAUCUUACAAUCCAGUCUGGACAAAUAACCCCUUUCAGAUACACAGUGCUCCAUUUGAUCAGAAAUUCAUGACCACGUUCUUGAAGGAGCUAGACUUGAAAAAGAAACAGGAAGUUGGCAAUAUAAGACAUAUAGAACAAGCUGUUAAUGACCUUAAGGCACACACCUCGGCUAGUCAAGCGUCUCUGGCAGGGAAGUUCACCGAACUCCGGUUACUACUUGAUGAAGAGGAAAGAUUGACAAAAAAAUUCAUAAAUGAAAAGACUCAACGGGCCCUCAUGAUGUAUGAUCAGCAGACGGAGUCAUGUAAAGAACGAAUUCAAAUCAUAGAGAGCUUCUCAGACCGAGUCAGGCAGAUCCAGCUGCGAAGUGAUCCCAUUCAGUUAUUACAGGACUACACAGCAUCAGAAAAAGAAAUACAGGAGCAGAGGGCUGUGGCGGAACAGUGGCACCCAGUGCCUAUGUCGUUUGAGCAUGUCAUGAACCAUUACAGGGGCUUCGCUGGAGCUAUUCAGUCCGUUCUGCAGAAACCUUUAGAAGCUCGCCUGAAAGAAGACAUUUUCAGCAGCCUCAGUGCCACUUCAAAGAAGGAACCUGGCGCGUUGCUGAAAACAACAUCUACAGUUGAUCGAUCAUUAUUUUUAAAACAUGCGAGAUCUCCAACCUUGGAAUACGAGAGCCUUCAUCCCAGGUUGAGUUUGUCUGAGGAUCGUCUUACAGUAAGCUGCAGCUGGAGGAGGAAAUUUUACCCUUAUAGCCCCCAGAGAUUUGAUAAAUUAUGGCAAGUCUUGAGCAAAGAUGCUUUCUUCUCUGGGAGCCAUUACUGGGAAGUGGACGUGCUUCACGCCGGACAAGGAUGGUGGAUUGGAGCAGCGUACCCUUCCAUCAAGAGACAUGGAGACGCCGAAACUUGUCGACUAGGGUGGAACAGAGCAUCCUGGUGUAUUAAAAGGUUUGACCUUGAAUAUUGGGCAUUUCACAAGGGAGAGAGGACCCUGAUCCUGAUAAAUGACGAUCCAGAACGAAUUGGUGUUUUCCUGGAUUACGAGGCUGGCAUCCUCUCAUUCUAUAAUGUAACGGAUGGUAUGGCCCAUCUGCAUACGUUCCGCUGCAAGUUCACAGAGCCUCUUUACCCAGCACUUAGGCUGUGGGAAGGGGCAAUAACAAUCUGCAAACUGACUUAAGAAGCGAUGAGACAAAGACAUGAACUAGAGCCUGCUUUUCAAUUAUUUGUAUGUAAAACCACUUUAAAAGGAGUUAUAAAUUAAUUCUCACAGAUUACAGCAACCACGCUGUAAGGCUUUAAAGGGUUUAGCUACAUUUCUGACUCAAUACUGAUCACUAAAAUGUGAUUCUCAGUACCCAGUAUAGAUAAAUACUCAGGUCUUCGUCAAAUCAAAUACCCCAGAAGAUACUAUUAUAGAUGAGUGAUUUUUACAUGAUUGUAUUUUCCAAGUGCUCUUCAGGUUAUAGAAUUGUAAGAAUCCUCCUCAGGGUGUCUAAAAGACUAAAGCAAUUUUACACUGUAUUUUUGUAGUGGAUUGUGGCUUACAAAAUAGAACACAGUCCUAUUUUAAUUACGUGAUAGCUGUCAUAGUUUAUGCAACUGACUUUUGGAACAGGAGCUAGUAGUCCAUUUUAUUAAACUACUACCCUACCUCCAGCUGGCUGGAGAGAUUACCAUCUUGCAUAGGUAUUACUCUGAGCUUGGCUUAUGUAAGAUGCAACUUUUAGUUUAAUUUUGUUAUUUCAGUUUGAAUUUGGAGAACAGAUCCAGUAACCGAAAUAGCUCAUGGUAAAAAGCUUCAUCCACUUCCAAGAACAAUCAAAGGGUUGCUUUCACUGUUGCCUAAAACUAAAUUUCAGAUUUUCCUGGAGUGAGGACUUACUUUUAUAUCGACACUAACUAGCUAGUGUUGUUUGGGGUCCCGUAAGUAGAGCUUGAAUUGAAUUGAUUUAAGUAGUACAGCACACUGGUCAUUGAGGGAAGCCUGUCCUACUGUUUUACAGUCAAACUUUCUGUAGAUGCACUCCUUCUCCAGAAAUGCACACCGCAGCCGUUCUGAAGGGGUGUGAGAGGAAGCACUGUGAUACUGUACAGCCCCAUCACUCCCCAUUUGGACGUCGGAGGCAUGUGGAAAAGGACCAUCUCCACAUUAGAUUCUAGCUGCAUUGUCACUUCCAUGGCAGAGCUUAUGGAGCUGGGAGAUAUUACUUUAAUUUCUCUCUUGCUUGCUAUUUUCAAAGGCACUCAAUUAAUGCUGCUAGUGUUUUACCACACUCACAUGCAAGCGGAUUGUUAUGACUGUUGCUCUUAAAGUUGGAUGUGCAUAAGAGUGGAGGUUUGUUCUUUUCCCAAAUCCAUAAUACUUAAAAUUCAGAAGGAUUUCUUCGAUUGUAUCCACAGAAGUCCCUUUUCUAGUGUAGACCCACCUGUAGUGCUUUAACUACUGUAUUCUCUAACCUUGUGAGAGCACAGGCCUAGAACACACCUUGGUUUCCAAUGCCAAAGGCCCAUCUACAAUAAUGUUCUGUGCAGGGGAUAUUAAGAAAAGGCAAGGGCUACGUCUCCUCUUUAAAAUGAAAUGGCAAAGUAGCAGCUUUUGUUUGACAAACUUGAUUUAUUUG